AUGAAUAUUGAAAAAAGCUCUUAAAAACAUACUACAAGUUCCAAUAGUUCUCGUAGUUCUUCGUAAAUAUAGAGAUUUAAUCUUAUUUAAUUAGUAAACCAAGAUCCAGAUCAAGAUCGAAUAGCCAAAGAAGAGAUAGAAAGACUGAAAAGACUGAAUCCACAGAUGAUAAAUAAGGAAGUGAUUAAAAUGUAAAGAUUGAGUCUAAUCUACCUUAAUCAGCUAGAGGAAAGAGAUAAGUAAGAAAAAUCUAAUAUCAAUUGUUAACCUAUAUUAAAGAUUUACCUAAAAGACCUCUCAAAUGUCCAAAUUAUCCAUAGUAAUUUAGAGAAGUCAAUUUGGUUACCAAUAAUUUUAGUGUUCGAUCUAAAAGAAAUGGAGUUAUUGUUGUUUAUUCAGUGAAGUUUUUACCAUUUAUAGAUCCGUAAUAAAUUUCAAUUAGAUAUUAAGAUAAAAUAACAAUCUAAAGAGAGAAAUUAUUAAAAGUUAAGAAGAGGCCUUGAGAGAAUUCUUAGGACCUUUUGUAUAUUAUAGCAACACUAUUAUAGGAGGAAAAGAAUCUGCAACUUUUAAUUUUAAAUUAGAAAAGCCUAUCAAAUUUGAAGAGUAAAUUUGUUAAAUUAUUAUUUAUAUAGUUAAGAUUACUACUUAGAAAUUAAAAAAGUCAAAGUUAUUAAUAUGCAAGAUUUAGAAAAUCCAAAUCCAAUAGAAGCUGAUAAACCAUUAAUGUUUUUUAACUAUUUGAUUAAAGAUUUCUUCAAAAAUUUAAAAUAUUAAGAACAUGGUAAAACUAGAAAAUUUCAUGUAUAUAAAUAAAAUCUAUUUAUAAUUUUAGGAUAUAUCCAGAAGAUAACCUAUUCCUGAAACAGAAUUAUCUGUGAUUCCUGGAUUUGCUGUGAAUUUUUAAACAAAUGAAUAAGGAUUUAGUUUUAAAAUUGAUAUCAGUCAUAGAAUUAUCAGAACAACUACUGUGUUAUAAUAUAUUGAUUAAAUUUGGAAAGAAUAAUCAAAUAAGUAAAAUAGAGAAUUAUAGAAUUAGAUUACAAAAAGAAGAGUUAAGAAAGUAUGUAGCACAUGUAAUGACCAAAUAAAUGGUACUUGCCAAUUAUGGAACAUAUAGAACAUAUUCAGUUGAUAAUUUAUUAUUUGACUAAAAUACAGCAGAAUUUUCUAUUGAAUUAGCAGAUUCAAAAGGAAAAUAAUAAUUUAUAACAAUGGAUUAAUAUUUUAAAUAAAGAUAUAAUUAUGAUAUUAAGAAUAAGAAAGCUCCUUUAUUAGUAAUUGAAGAUACAAAAACAAAUAGAAAGGUAUAUUUAGUAGCUGAAUUAUGUAUAAUGGCUGGUAUUCCAGAUAAUUUAAAUGAAUUUACAAGAAAAUAAAUAUAAAAAGAAUGUUAAACUAAUCCAAAAGAUAGAUUUGAAAAAAUAAAGAAAAUGUUAUUUGAUUUAAUCAAUCGAUAACCUUAAACAGGAUUAACUAUGUAAAAAUUAAAAGAGGAAUUUGGUAUUGAUAUAAAUAGUGUUCCUUAAUAUGUAAAAGCAAAAUAACUAAGACCACCUAAUAUAGUAUUUGGAAAUUAAAAUGUUAUGCCUUAAGGAGACAAAGAAAACUUUUCAUUUAAUUGUAAUAACUAAUCUGCUUUUAUAAAGAGAUAUGAAGUUAGAAUUGCUAUAAUUUCACCAUUUGAUUUUGAUUGUGAAGAAUUUACAUAGAAUAUUCAUGAAUUAAUAGUAAAAUAUGGAAUUAAAAUGGGUGUACAAACUAAAUGUCAUUAUUUAAGUGGAUAAAGGUAAAAUUAUAUUGCAGAAAUUGAAUAAACUAUAAUGAAAUAUGUACCACAUACUACUAAUAUGAUUGUUAUUGUACUUAAUAGAUACAUGAAAAAUUGUUAUGCUCCAUUAAAAAAAAUGUGUAUGUCUGAAAAAUUUGGUGUUCUUACUUAAAUGGUAUCAACUGAUUCUAUUUCAAAAUAAAAAAAAGGAUUAUUUUCUAUUAUUCAAAAAUUAGCUAUUUAAAUGAUGGAUAAAGUUGGAAAUUGUUUAUGGUCUGUUUAAUUGCCUUAAGUAUCUAUUUAUAUUAUAUUAGAAAUGGCCUGAUAAUACUAUGAUUGUUAGUGUUAUUAUUGAAAAAGGUAAAUUUGCUGGUAUGUUAUCAAGUCUUGAUAAAUCAUAUUCAAGAUAUUAUAGUUAAAUGAGUACAAAAAUUGUUGAAAAAUGUUUAAUUAAAGAUAUUGGAGAUAUGAUGAAAAUAUCAUUCUUGUAAUACAAAUAAGAAAAUGGUUGUUUCCCUCAAAAAAUCAUAUAUUUUAGGGAUGGUUUAAGUGAUGAAUCAAUAUCUCAUCUAUUAUAAUACGAAACUAGAGAAAUUGUUCUAGCUGCAAACUAAUUAUGCUAAUUUGGAGAUUAAAUCAUUAUCAUAAAUAUUCAAAAUACAAAUAUCACUAAAUUAUUUAGAGAAGAACGAGACUAAUAUUUUAAUGCACCAGCUGGAACUGUUGUUGAUAGUGAAAUAACAACAAAAAAUUAUGAAUUUAUCUUGGUUCCUGUUUACAGUUCUAGAGGUUGUCCAAGACCAAUAUUGUAUCGUGUCAUUUAUGAUACAAUUAAAAUACCUAUGGAAUAAUUAUAGGUAUAAUAUUUUUUUAAAGUUUAUAGGAUUUUGUUUAUGGGUAAUGUUACAAUUAUUAAAAUUGGACAGGAUCUAUUAAACUACCUGCUAUUGUUAAGAAUUGUUAAAAAAUGAUCAAAUUUUUAGUAGAAAUUCUAUAAACAGAACCAAUAAAUAAAUUAAGAUCAUCAUUCUAUUAUUUGUGA